UUCCAAUUCAAUUCACAGGUGCCAUGGCAACCUUUAAAGCCUUUGAAGUUUUGUGACCUCAAAGCGAAAGAACAUUGUAGGUUUAAGUUAGUACACUACAUUUAACAGAUCGAACUAGACAAGCACUUGUGAAAUCUAGCAGUUAAAAGAGAUAAUCUACUUUAUGUUCCAUUGUAGAUCCGCGGCGUCACCGUCCACAUCUUCACUGACAAAUACACACAACAGAGACCAAACAGCAGACCCCAUGGACAAGUACGAAAUAAUACAGACCAUUGGGGAGGGCGUUUACGGGGAGGUCAUGAAAUGCCUCAAUAAACAAACGGGGCAAAUCGUGGCUUUAAAAAAGGUAAAAGCGUCCGAUGAAGUAGAUGACGUGGUAAACCAAGAGAUUUCAAUGCUCAACGCAAUCAGACAUUUCGACCCGGAUAAAUGUAACUUCAUCCGGUUUCAUAAUCACGUUCAAUCUGUUGUGGUGGAGCACUACUUAGAGUUUGAGAUGCUGGACCAGAGCGUCUGGGACCUCAUGGUGAAGCGACACCACGCGGGGUUUUCGUUGAGCGAGGUCCGCACCAUGGCCAGACAGCUCCUAGUCGCAUUAGACAGUCUGCGCAGCAUUGGGGUCAUUCAUACCGAUAUUAAGCCGGACAAUAUCAUGUUAGUGGAUCACACGAAGAAGCCGUUUAAGCUCAAGCUAAUCGACUUCGGGUUGGCGAUCCACAAAGAGACAGUGAAAUUAGGCUGUAACAUGCAGGCCCGAUUGUACAGAGCCCCAGAGGUCAUUUGUGCCAACCGCUGA